ACUGCGCUAGUAGCCGGCAAAAGCGAGAUGAGAAUUUGUUAACAAGAUUCUUUCUACUGCUUGAGACAAUGGAGGAUUUGCGGCCAUUGAAUAACUGCGAGGUGUUUAACCAAAUACGCAUUGAAUUCACCAAUUACCAUCAGCAUACCAAGAAACUAAAUAGCUUCCUCUACUUUGGUGGCAACGAGCAGCAUAUCAAGAACUUAUCGCAACGCCUACUCAAUGUGCUUCUCGAGCAUGGCCUCGUUCAGCAGGAUGAGGAGGAUGAGGACGCAAUCGCAGUGCCUGCAGCUGGAGCAGAUCUCGACCAGCUGCGUGGUGCCCUCAUGUAUCUGGUGCUGAACAGCGCCAAUGUCGACGGCAGCAUUGAGAAGGGCGACUUGGGCCGCUGUAAUCCGCAGUGUGUACACUUGCUGCAACAACUGCCGGCACCGCUGCCACAGCUCGUCACUGUCAGCGUGGCGCUGCAGUGCGGCUUGCAUCAGCAGCUGCUCGAGUUAAUCGCCUGUAGUCCCCACUGGCUAGCAUCGCAGUACUUUGACUGCUUGAACGAUACGCUGGCUCAUCAGGUGCUACGCACUAAGCGGCACACUCUGCCACUGAUCUGUGGCGCCUUGAGCGCUGUCACCAAAUCAAUUUGCUACGGCAACGCCUCGAAUGCUUUUCUCAUGGACAAUGCCAUGCGAAUGCUGCAGCGGAAUCUGCUGGACACGGAGGAACGGCAACAGUCGCUCGGCUCUCGCGCCGCUCGUAAUCGCUAUCUGGGCGAGGCAAUGCGUCAGCUGCUCGAUGUACUGCUGGAGCUGAUGCAUGCCCUUGAUGGCUCCAAGCUGCUCUUGCUGCCCGAUUAUGCGCCUGUCUAUGCACUGCGUUCGCCCACAAAAUGCAAAUUAGAGUCCAACAUCAAAGUGGAAGCCACCACUAGCGAUGACAAGUUGCGUCUGUUUGCUGGCAAACUUAUGGAUUGGGUGCAGCGACUGCUCGUCUGCAUCAGUGUGGACACGUACAUGGCGUGGCAGGAGUUAGAUUCGGGCCAGUUGCUCUUCCAUCUGCAGGCGCACAUCAGCAAUCAAUGCGGUGAACUGGUGCCACUGCUCGUCGAGGAUGAGACACUGAAGACGCACUGCCUUCGCUCAAUGCUCGACAAUUUCACGCAGGGCGCGCAGAGCUUUGAGCAACGGCUACAGAUGCUUACGCUCGGCGAGCUGCUUGGCUUCCUCGAUGGCGAAAUGGGGGAUGUGAGCACUGAGCAGCUGCACGCCGCACUCAAUGAGCUGCUUCAGCGCAGCAUUUGCUUUGGCAACGACGAGUGCGUGGAGAGCAUGGCCAAGCAUGUGAAACUAUUGACGUCGUCGCAUGCCAAGCUCAUCUUGGAUCAUUUGUCUGAGGUGCUUUUAGUCCAGGCGCAGCAAAGGCAGCUAGCGGACUUUGAGGAGGACGAAUUGGAUGAUAAUAAUGAGAUUUAUGGCAAGCUGUUGAGCCAAGUGCUGAUGCCCAUAUAUAUGGCAUGCUCCGAUCCCAUGGAAAAAUUGCAGCUGCUUUGCUAUCGCGACAAGUUGCAGCUAUUGGAACACUACAAUUUUGAGGAGGAGGAUCACCAUUCGCGCCGCAUUUACUUCUUCAAUCAGCUAAGCGAUUCCAUUGAGCAGUUUCCGCUGCACACAUUCCUCGAUCUCUGCUGGGAGCAGCCGGCACAGACCUGGCUAUCGCUUGCUCAGCUGGCCAUGAUACAUGGCGCCUACGCGCACCUCUACUGGCACGUCGCCAGUGUCCAGUGUGCCCCGCAUGCCGUUCACCACGUGCCGUUCACGGUGCAACAACUCAUGCAGGAUGAGCGUCUGCUCAGCCAGAAAACGGACUUCGAUUUGCUGCUGGCUCUCUAUGAGCAUCCAGUGAUCCUAAACGGCAUGCAGUAUCGUCGGCUGCAUCGCCAACGCCAACUGACCCUCAAUUUGAAUGUAUCCGCAGUGCCCUACAGCGACACUGAGUUGCAGUCGGCUCAGUCCAAUUAUCUAUCGGCCUGUGCCAAUGGCCUGGCCAAGUGCUCCAAGUCGAACAACUAUGUUGCUAUGGAGAAACUGAUGCAGACACUGCUCCGUCUGCCACAAGUCGAGCAGCGCCUCAUCAAAUGCAGCCGCAAGUGUCUGCAAUGGCAGCGCCAUCGUCUGUCGCAGCUGCUGAAAGGCGCCGCCAGCACAGCAAAGGAGGAUGAAUUGAAACAGACACGCGGCAAGAUUCGUCUGGCACGCACAUAUGUGACGUUGCAUGGCAAAUUGUGCAUGUGGCGCCUAAGCAGCUGGCCACUAAUCUCACAGUUGAUUCUCUGCAUGGAUCGGCUGCGUCCACAGUUGGACACCUUUGAGCCUGCGCGCCUUGCUGUCCUCGAUCUGGUCAUGAAAUCUUACAUCAAAAACAUGCCGCUCUCAUUCCUCCAUUAUCCAGAUUUGGUUGGCAAAGUUCGGGAUCUGGUGACCAAGUCCCUGCAGCACAAGCACUUGUGGCAGGAUGAGCACUUGGCACUGCUGCUAGAUACCCAUAAGCCGCCGCAGGCCAAGGAGUGCGCUACGCUCCUGGCGCAGGCUUCGUCGGUGGAGGCCAUAAAACUGCUGGGCAACGCCACUCGUCAUGGGAUUGACCGAGUUGUUAUGGAACAGCUGGCGCAGGCUGUGGAUUUAAUUGAUUCACCUAACUCGCUGAAUGCCUACGCCUUCCUCUUCAAGUGUUACAUGCACGCCUUUGAGCAGUGGCUGAUUAAGCCGUCCAAAUCCGAUAAUUAUCCUUCCCUCAUCGAACAUCUGCUGCAGGCACCCAAACUUCAAAUGACACAAAAUCUGCUGGCUGCCAUCGAUAACUUUAAGAUCUUGUUGAAACCGUCAUGCGGUCUAAUGGAUAAGUCAAAAAUACUCGAAUAUGUUGCCAAAAGUCUCACAACUCUAAAUAUUUCCAUAGAAAUUGAUAACAUAUACAUGGAACACGUAAUGAAUAUGUAGGAUUAUAUACAUAGAUAUGUACGGCACAAAACUUAUACUGUUCCUAGAAAUUAAAAUAAAUAACCUUGAAUUA